AUGAGAACAAUAUUGAUUCUCUUGAUUUUUUUCAAACUAUUUUUUGCUGAUUAUUGUGGAACAGAUCAAGUUGCGAUUGGAAUGGAAGUGCAUAUUAGUGGAGUGGCAAGAUUGUUGUGUGGAAAACCAAAUUGUUUUGAUAAGAAUUAUUCGGAAUGUCCGGAAAGAGCUGAAUCUAGGAAAGGAUGUAAGAAAGAGAAUGAGUGGAUUGGUGGAUUUGAUGCGACGAUUGAUGGGAAGUUAUACACGAUGUGUUGCGAGUUUGAGAAUUUGAAGGAUUUUGUGAAGCCAAAGUAUAAAGAGGUGGGACCAAGUUAUAAUUUUUUACAAAUAUAAGUUAUGAAAACAUAAGGAAAUUCUGAAAUUCCCUCUCAAAAUCAUUUCAUAUUUAUCCAGGUCCGUAUCCGACGUGGCGAAUAUUUUGAAGGAGAAGAAAAACAAAACGAUGAUGGAGAUGUGACAUCUUUCGAUGUCAUCAAAGAUAUUCAAACAUAUCGGGACGAUUCAGGGUUUGUUCUUGCUAGUUUUAAAUUUAAGUCCAUAAUCUGAAAUUCAAAACUUUCCAGAAAUCCCUACUACAACUUGACUGUUUAUAAUUUCAAUUGUGUUCCGCUGGCUGAACAAACACCUAAAUGGGUUCUGAAAACGCAUUGGCCAUAUUUCAAGAAAUGA